UGAAUCCCUCAGAUCAGACACCUUGAUGGUCGAGAACUGCAACACCAAAGUUCAUAUGGUUCGUCGCAGAUAUAGAAUUGUGAAUGCCCUCGCGUUAGAUAGAUCAAUGUAGUUUUUCAUUUGAUCGACAUCUGCCCAUAUUCCGCAGUUUUCGAGCCAUUUCUGACGACUUUUACUAGAGAGGCUAUUGAACCCCGUAUAUUUAACUAGUUCGUUGUUACGUCACGACUCUAGCAACACCGUCAUGCUGUCUUGUCCGUCGGCGUUUAUCAUCAAUGGCGUCAUAUACACAAGAGAACGGGUCGAUAAACCCUCAUUGUUUAGUCUGGAGAGAGAGAACAGGUUGCCUUUAAAAGACAGUUCAAACCAUUCAAUGAGCACAUGAAGAUUUCUUCAUAUUGAUUAAAUUAGUAGUAAUUCGGAAAACGUUCCAAUACAAACCUAUAUCUUAAAAAAUACUUUGACACAUUUACCUCUAACAAGAUGCCUUACCCCGACGAGUUUGAAGGUUUCAUGAUCAAUGAGAUUGGAAAAUAUACAGAAUUCAAAAAGCAGACCUUCAAGCCAAAGAAGUUUGGUGACCACGACGUUGAUAUUAAGAUUGAAUGCUGUGGUGUUUGCGGAUCUGAUGUUCACACCAUAACUGGUGGCUGGGGAGAUGCUCCCGCGCCCAUCUGCGUUGGCCAUGAAAUCGUAGGCAAGGCUGUCAAGGUUGGCUCCCAAGUAAAAGACGUCAAAGUUGGAGAUCGCGUAGGCGUUGGUGCACAGGUGUGGUCUUGCUUGAAGUGCGGUCCUUGCAAGAGCAACAACGAUAACUACUGCCCCAACAAAGUCGACACAUACGGAGCACCAUAUCCUAAGGAGGAGGACCCAGAUGAGACUAUUGCCCAAGGUGGUUAUGCGUCUCACAUCCGGGCCCAAGACUUCAUGGUUUUCCCUAUUCCCGAGUCUAUUCCUUCUCACCUGGCGGCGCCCAUGCUCUGUGCCGGCUUAACUGUAUGGAACCCCUUAGUACGAAACAACAUUGGCCCCGGCAAGCACGUUGCCGUCGUUGGCCUCGGUGGUCUGGGACAUUUCGCUGUCAUGUUCGCGGCCGCUCUCGGCGCCGAGGUGACAGUCAUCUCGCACUCCCCCAACAAGAAGGACGACGCCCUGAAACUAGGCGCCAAGCACUUCGUGAGCAGCGCAGACAAGGACUGGGCCAAGCCUCUAGCUUUCACGUUUGACUUCAUCCUUAGCACCGCCGAUGUGCUGGACAUGGAAGUGCUACAGGGCUACCUGUCGACGCUCAAGGUCGACUGCAAGUUCCACUCUGUCGGUCUGCCCGACAAGUCCAUCGACGGACUCAAGCCCCAGCAGCUCACGUCCAACGGCUGCAGUAUCGGAUCCAGUCACAUCGGCAGCCGCAAGGAAGCCCUCGAAAUGUUGAAGUUUGCGGCCGAGAAGAAGAUACACCCCCAGGUCGAGACCAUACCCAUCUCGGAGAAGGGCUGCGCCGAGGCCGUCGAGCGAGUCAACAAGAACAAGGUCCAUUACCGCUUCACUCUUGUCGACUAUGACAAGGCCUUCGGCGCCUAAGUCUGUUGGUCAUAUUGCUUCCGUCGAGAUACUUAAGUCUGUAAUGUAAGGCGCAUGGUGUGCUGGUAGUUCUAGAUUCCUAAUGAAAAGCAUUCAAGUUCAAAAACGAUUGGGUACUCUGUCUAAUCCAUUAUUAUACCCAGCUUCCCGUUACCCGUCUAUUGCUUUUAGUCACUUGGGUAGCUUGUGAGACAAGAGCACUCUAAUCUUAGGUUCGGAGUUAACUAGUAAAAAGAAAACCUACGUACUAUGUAAGACUGGUUGUUGAAAGAAUUGCUUCUCAGCGGGUCGGGUUCUUCUCAUGAUAGAAAUUUUGUGAUCGGAAGUUAUAGAUUACACAAGCUUCCUAGGUAGGUAUGUAGGCGGGCUAUUUUAGGUAUCUAGUGCACUAAACUAAUCUUAUUGUUGCUAUUAUGUAAAAUUAACUUUUCUCUUUUUUUUUCUUUUCUCUCUCUCUUCUUUUCAAACUGGAAUGCUUCUAUCAUAUACCCAAGUGUAUAAGGCGGCAGGUAAUUCCUCAGCGAGACCUUGACAUUGCUAGUUCCUUGAUAGAUAGUGGGGAUGAGUACACUUGAAUUCAGCAGGUGCCUUCAAGUUUCUACGUGACUCGGCUUGGGACUUAGUACAUAUACAUGUAUAUAUAGAUAGAUAUAUAUCAGCCCCAAGCAGAGGGGCUCAUACCAGAAAUAUUCACCCCUAACUACCCAGGUAGAGUUGGGGAGUUAAAGU